AUGGUCUCUGACGCACCUAAAGUGGUCCUCUACCGUGGCUGGCCUGACGCUGGAAAGUACGUAUGGUCGCCCUUCGUUGUCAAGCUUGAGGCGCGACUCCGCUUUGCAGGAAUCAGCUAUACCACCAGAGCUGGGUCGCUCAAAACCGCGCCCAAAGGGAAGAUCCCAUACGUUGAGAUCUUAGAGGAUGAUGCAUCUGCAUCUACUAGCAUGGGUGAUUCGACACUUAUCAUCAAAUAUCUUAUCGAGCAGAAUAUCCUCCCCGAUCUUAACGGGAGACUAUCGCCAACAGCCCGCGCUCACGAUCUUGCGCUCCGAGCGUUAAUGGAAGAGAAACUCUACUUCUACCAUAUGCGAGAAAGAUGGGUAGACAAUUACUACCUUAUGCGUGACCAUGUUUUGUCAUCGUUGCCGUACCCAGUUCGAGUUGUUGUUGGCCUCCUCAUAUACAGGAACAUGGCCCCGGUGCUCCAUGGCCAGGGAACCGGUCGCCACACGAGAGAUGAAUCUAUUGCCUUUCGCCGGGAAAUCUGGGAGAGCAUCAAUGAUUUGCUGGUCGCCUCGAGAGCCGCCCGACUAGACAACGAGCCAUUCUGGAUUCUGGCAGGGUCAGAGCCCACCGAAGCGGACUGUACGGUGUUCGGGUUUAUUGUGUCUGUUAUGCUUUGUACUGCAGGUCCGGACUCACAGGCGAUAGUAAAGGAGUUUCCGGUGGUUCUGGACUAUGCCGGGAGGAUACAUGAUCGAUAUUUUCCUGAUUACGAAAAGUGGGUAGAGAAGUGA